CCUCAGUUGUGCUCCUACUCUAAGGAUAUACAGCAGUACCAGCAGUUCUUCUGGUGCUGAAUACAUUGAUUUUACCCCCAUUGGAUGCUGAUCAUACUUUGCAAGAUGGACAUAAGAGUAGCAAGCAUCUUCCUGCUCAUGGUGGCUUUUGCAGCUGCCCAUGGAGAACGCUAUGUGGUGAAGAAAUUGGUGAAGGCCGCCCCUCAGUACCAGCCCUACUCUGUGAAGAGCCAAGUGGUGUCAGUGGCAGGUGAGCCUGGAGCCCCAGGUGAGCCCGGCCCUGAGGGACCUGAGGGACCUGCUGGCCCCCCAGGUGAGAGUGCUGUCGGUCUGCCUGGAGCCGAAGGACCUGGUGGAGCCCCUGGAGCUCCUGGUCGCUCCAUUGCUGGCAAACCUGGUUCCCCAGGUGGAUCUGGAAAACCUGGCAGCAACGGACUUCCUGGUGACAAGGGAGACACCGGAGCCGCUGGCGCUCAAGGACCAAGGGGAGGCGCUGGAUCCUCCGGAAGCCCUGGACCUGCUGGCCUCUCUGCUACUGGCAAGCCUGGACCUUCAGGUCUUCCUGGACAAAUGGGACCCAGAGGAGCGUCUGGUCUGAAAGGACAUCCAGGUGUACCUGGCCUGCCAGGUUCUAAGGGUGAUAGAGGGGUGGGAGUUCAAGGAGCUCAGGGUGAGACAGGGCUCGAAGGAGCUGUGGGCGCACCUGGACAACCAGGUGAGGCCGGUGUUGGAAAGCCAGGAAGAAAUGGUAUGGCAGGUGAGCCAGGAAAGUCAGGUAGCUCAGGUAGGGAUGGUGCCGCAGGUCCCAUGGGAGCACAGGGACCCAAGGGACACACUGGUGCCACAGGUGUAGGUAUGCCAGGUAAAUCAGGUGAUAACGGUGCCCCAGGUAUGCCUGGUGCAGGUGGCCCUAAAGGCCACCAGGGACCUGCUGGAGCAACUGGUGCCCCUGGAGUCCCCGGAUAUGGAAAGCCAGGAUCUAAUGGAGAGAAGGGAGAGAGGGGAUUUACAGGUGCCAGCGGGUCCACAGGUGCCAAGGGUGAGAAAGGUCCAUCAGGAUAUACUGGUGCUACUGGUGCCACUGGACCAAUUGGUUCCGUUGGACCUCAGGGUGCAACUGGUUUCACAGGUGAGCAUGGCGCUGUUGGCUCCAAAGGUGACACAGGUGUGACUGGAGCUCAGGGAAUUAAGGGAAACAAGGGAGAUCAGGGAGCACAGGGCUUUGCAGGCAAGCAGGGUUAUCCAGGCGCAGCUGGUCCUCCUGGACCCAGAGGAGCCUCUGGACUCACAGGUGACAAAGGUCAUACAGGUGGCCCAGGUACCCCAGGUUCUCCUGGUAUUCCAGGCCCUGCUGGACCCAAAGGUCAUCCCGGUCGUGCUGGUGAGUCGGGUGCCUCUGGUUCUGAUGGUGCUUCAGGUGUCAGAGGACCUUCUGGUCCUCAGGGUCCUUCUGGUGCUUCUGGCCUUAAGGGACACCCAGGUCUGCCUGGUCCUUCUGGCCCUGCAGGUUUGUCUGCCAAGGGUGUCCCUGGACCCCAGGGUCCCCCUGGUAUGCCCGGUGAUAAUGGUGUUGAUGGAGAGGCUGGCCCUGCUGGUCCCGCUGGUGCUCCUGGUGCUCCUGGUGAGAUUAUGUUUGAGAAAGGCAUGGGAAUGGGUGAGAUUAUGGUCAAGUCCCCUAUGUCUGCUUUCACUGCAUCUCUGAUCACCCCCUACCCUCCUUCUGGCAGCCCUAUCAAGUUUGACCAGAUUGUGUACAAUGCUGAGAACCACUAUGACCCUGAGUCUGGCAUUUUCACUUGCACAGUUCCUGGAGUUUACUAUUUCUCCUACAACAUCCAUGUUAAUGGAGCUCAUGCUCUGGUGGGUCUGUACAAGAACGGCCAGCCUGUUAUGUUCUCUUAUGAUGAGUACAACAAGGGCUUCCUGGACCAGAUGUCCGGUAGUGCUGUCCUCCUGCUCGAUCAGCAAGACACAGUCUUCCUCCAGAUCCCCGAUGAGGAGGCCAAUGGUGUGUUUGCCGCCGACAAUGUGCACUGCUCUUUCUCUGGGUUCCUCAUUGCCUCAACGUGAUACGUUGAUUUAGUAGUUGCCAAAAUCCAACCAACUUAAUUUGUGAUCUAUUUCUCAAACUAAAGUAAACUCCCUGUUAAAAUGUUUCUCAACCAAACAGACAGGUAGUUCACCCUUCUUUGAGGAAUAGUUGCAUUUCAACUUGAAAACUACAAAAAAAAUAGGUGCUUAGAAGAAGGAAAACUAAUUUAUGAAAACAGGUGAUCAGGGAUGGGGGGGAAGUAAUCCACAAAGUUACCAGUGAGCUUCUGUAAUGGAGACAGCAUGUGAAAUGGAGGUGUUAUAAAUGUGUUGUGUCCUGACUUUUAUUUUUCCACUCUUUUCCUUUAAUACUGGUGAUACCUAAUUUACUGUUUGUCUGUUUUUUCCUUUUUUGUACCUCCUAGUUUUGUUUGUGUGACCAAAAAUCUUAAGUAAACAAAUACUUUCUGUGUAACAUGUUGACAUGUAACUCUUAUCCUUGUAUGUGACUUGAAUAUUGUGAAAUGGUAAUGGUCAAAUUGACCGUUAUAAGGAAAUAUGUCACCAGAAUACUGUCAGACAAACACAACUACCAGCAACAUCGUUAUAUCCCUGAACAUGCAUUAUGUCGUGUAAAGCAUAAUGACCUAAAUAAAAGUUGUCUAAACCAA